AUGGCGAGGCAGGAGCUGGAGGAUCUCUACCUGGGCGUGCCGGACGACUCCGUCGAUCUCACCUUCAGGGACUUCGCCUUCAAGCCUCCCGCCGCCACGUCGUCGUCCGGUAAACCUUUACCAGCGGCGGCCGCCACCACCACCAGCAAAUUGCCAAAUAAUGCUGCGGCGGCGAUAGCAGAUCAUGUAAGUGUCGUGGACGACGACGCGGAUGGCGAGCGCAACAAGAAGCAGACCACGGCGGGCGGCGCCUUGGCCAGGUCGUCCACCAACAUCUUCACCUACAGACCCUUGGAGGAUCAAGGAGAUAUCGCCGGUGGUGGUGGUGGUGAUGGUGGUGGUCUUGCUGGCGCUGGCGGCGGUGGAGGCCUGCUGCAGCUGCCGCCAAUUCCUGCUUCUCCUCUAACAGUACACCUCGCCCACAGCGACGACGACGACGAUGACUAUGCCGAUCAUCAUCAGUACCACUUCCCAGAAGCAACGACAGCAGCUGCAGGCACGACUACUAGUAGCAGAUCAGCUGCUGCUGCUGCUGCCGGAGACCACCAAGCCGCUGGCGGCCGCCGUCCUCGGAGAUCACACGUGGCUGACGAUGCCAUGGGAGGCCGUGAGCGGCGUGCGGCUCGUAGCAACAACAACUACAGGCGGCCGGGCAUACCCCACUCCAACAUCUGCGCACUCUGCAACAACUACGUCUACAUCUUCCGCCAUCGUUGCUUGGUGUGCGGGCGCGUGUACUGCCGGCGGUGCGUGGGCGCCGGCAUGGGCGACAUGAUGGAGGGCCGCAAGUGCAUCGACUGCCUGGGCCGCCGGUACAGCCACAGGUACAUCCACCGUGCCGGCGACACCGGCGCCUGCGGAUUCUGCUUCUGGGGCAACUCCAAGGCCGUCACCGCGCAGGAGCUCAUCUGGGCCGAGAAGGGGCCCGCACCGCGCAGGCGCCCGCGGCCAUACGGACCCUCCUCCAUCUCCGCCUCCUAUGGCGGCGACGGUGGCUACUACAGCAGCACCAACACCAUCGCCUCCGCGUCCAUGAGCAUGACUAUGAACAGCGACAGCAGCAUAACCAUGAUGAAGAUGAACGGCGGCCAAGGCAGGAGCAUCAGCGGCAUGCCGGCUUCGGCGUCCUCCUCCUUUGUCGCGGCUUUUCCCAAUAACCCUCACGCACUUCCCCUCUGA